GCAAAAUCUUCUGGCAAGCGGAAACGUUGUUUUUAGGCCAGUCAAAGAAUACGAAUAUAUUGAUUGUGUGAUUUUGUUGAUAAAAUAUUAGUUAGUAAAUAAGAUUUAAAAAUAAAUUUAAAACUCAACAAACGAAGAUUUUUUACGUGAUGUCAGCUAAUCAACUGUUAAGGGUCCCAAGAUUCAUUUCGAGGGCAAACCUUCCUUUUCGGCUUGCUGGAUUAAUGAAUACGAAAAGGUUUGCCUCUGGUAUUAACAAUGAUAUUGGAAAAGACCUACGAACAAAAAUUGUGGAUGACGUUUUAGUUGUUACUUUAGAUUUACAAAAUGCAAAAGUAAAUUCUAUUAAUGUAUCCAUGACCUCUCAGUUUAAGUCAAUUUUAAAAGAGCUAGAAACAAAUAGCGCUAUCAAAUCAGCUGUAGUAAUUUCUGGUAAACCAGGUUGCUUCAUUGCUGGGGCUGAUAUAGGCAUGUUGGAAAAAUGUAGAACCUCAGAAGAAGGCACAAAUAUUUCGAGAGAGGGACAAGAAUUUUUCAAUCAAUUGGAAAAUAGCAGAAAACCAAUUGUAGCUGCUAUAAAUGGAGUAUGUCUUGGUGGAGGCCUUGAACUAGCUUUGGCGUGUCAUUAUCGCAUAGCAACAAAAAAUCGAGCAACAAAACUGGGUACACCAGAAGUUUUAUUAGGUCUUCUUCCCGGGGCUGGUGGUACAGUGCGACUUCCGAAGCUUACUUCCGUACCAACAGCUUUAGAUUUAAGCCUUACGGGAAAACAAGUAUCUGCCGAUAAAGCGAAGAAAAUGGGACUGGUAGAUCUGUUGGUUAAUCCAUUAGGACCAGGAUUAGCGCCAAUUGAAGAAAACACUAUUCAAUAUUUAGAAGAAAUUGCUAUCCAAGCAGCAAAAGACAUUGCCAGUGGAAAAUUAAAGGUAAACCGUGGCAGUAACAGUUUCAUGGAUAAAGUAAUGGAAACCUUAAUGAGUAUAGACUUUGUUAGAAACAAGAUAUUCCAAACUGCCCGAAAGCAAGUUAUGAGAUUGUCAAAUGGUCUUUACCCUGCACCUUUAAAAAUAAUUGAUGUUAUACGAACCGGUAUCGAAAAAGGAUCCUCAGCUGGAUAUGAUGCUGAAAGCAGAGCAUUUGGAGAACUUGCUAUGACACCAGAAUCCAAAGGUCUUAUUAGUCUGUUUCGUGGUCAAACAGAAUGUAAAAAGAACCGUUUUGGGAAACCACAGUCAGAUGUUAAAACUGUUGGGGUGUUAGGUGCUGGACUUAUGGGAGCAGGCAUUGCCCAAGUAUCAGUUAACAAUGGCUAUCAAGUGUUUCUUAAAGACACAUCAAGCAACGGACUUGCACGAGGAGUGGAACAGAUUCAAAAAGGAUUAGAUGGUCAGGUGAAGCGAAAAAGAAUUAGCCGUGUGGAAUGUGAUCAAUUAAUAUCAAAUUUAAAGCCCACACUUGAUUAUGAAAAGUUUAAAAAUGCAGACAUUGUUAUAGAGGCAGUAUUUGAAGAUCUAAAGGUCAAACAUGCAGUAAUAUCAGAAUUAGAGAGUGUAGUGCCUCCCCAUUGCAUAAUCGCGACCAAUACAAGUGCCAUACCUAUCAAAAAUAUCGCUGCAGUAUGCACAAGACCUGAAAACUUGAUAGGUAUGCAUUACUUUUCACCUGUUGACAAAAUGCAAUUACUCGAAAUAAUUACACAUCCGAACACGUCUAAGGAAACAACUGCUAAGGCUGUGGCUGUAGGCCUUAAACAAGGAAAAGUAGUGAUUACAGUAAAUGAUGGCCCCGGAUUUUAUACAACCCGCAUUUUAUCAACCAUUUUAUAUGAAGGAAUCAGGCUUAUUCAAGAGGGCGUGGAACCAACUGAACUUGACAGUUUAACAAAAAAGUUUGGUUUUCCAGUAGGCGCUGCUACGUUAUUUGAUGAAGUUGGAAUAGAUGUGGGUGCUCACAUCGCUAUUGAUUUGGCCAAAGCAUUCGGAGAACGUUUCAGUGGAGGAAAUUUAAAUUUGAUGCAAGAUUUGGUUCUAGCAGGAUUUUUGGGUAGGAAAUCCGGCAAGGGCAUAUUUAUUUACGAUGGAGCUAAAGCAAAGGGCAGUCGUCCAGUAAAUAUGGAUUUCCUCAGCAUUGUAAAGGAGAAAUAUUCUCUUGUUUCAAAGGGAGCAAAUACGACUGAAGACUUAACCUUACGAAUGGUAUCACGUUUUGUGAAUGAAGCUAUUCUCUGCCUUGAAGAAGGAAUUUUGGCUAAUCCUUUAGAAGGUGAUAUUGGUGCCGUAUUUGGUUUAGGUUUCCCUCCAUUCUCAGGUGGACCAUUCCGUUGGGUCGAUCAUUAUACAGCAUCAAAAUUAGUAGAGAAGAUGAAAUCAUAUGAAGAUUUGUAUGGUAUCGCAUUUAAGCCUUCACAAACAUUACUGGAUAUGGCGAAGGAUUCCUCGAAGAAAUUCUACCCAAACACUGAAUCUUCUAAAUUAUAAUUUAAACUUUUAUAAGCACACUAUAAAGCCUCUAUCAAUACAUAAAAACGCAACAUUAUACAUGCAUAAAAUGUUUAAAUAUUUAUAGAAGAACAAAUUUUUUUACUUCAAAAAUUCACUACUCACUUUGAAUCAAUUCUACAGUUUUGGAAAAAAAUAAUUAAAUCUACAUCUCCUUCUGCAUUAAAACGAAAUUGUUAAUUAUGUACGAAUUUUAUUUACAUACAUUAAACCAACAUAUAUAGAGAACUGAUAACGAUACUUUGCCCUCCUUUUUUAGUUGAUUUCGCAUAUAAUAUUUACCAGCAUUUGCGGUCAUAUUAGUGAAUGUUUAAGAAAAAAAUAUAAGCAAAUAAUUUGCGUUUUUUUAUAUAGCUUUCGUAAAAAGGGGAUUAGAUUAAAUAGUUUAAAGUUUAGUUCAAAAUUUCCAAUUUACGUUAUUCAAUUCUGUUUUUAUAUUCAGAAUAGGUCAAUAAAAUAAAAAAAUAACAAAUAAAAGAAAAAACGAAAGCUUUGAAAGUGAAUAUAUUUUUUUUUCGACACUGUGUGUUAUUGUAUUCAUUGCCUGAAGGCAUGUUAAGGUUAAAAAGGAGAUCAAGGCUUGUACUUUAUGAGUUCUCUUUUUGAACUAAAAAAACUACACCGUAUCAACUUAUGAAAUAAUUCUAUGUAUGAAAAAAGUGAUAUAAUUCGAUAAUCUGAAGCAAUAAAAUAAAUUCGAAUUUUUACAAUAAAGAUUUAA